GAUAUAGUGAAUGCAGGGUCCGGGGAGAGCGGAUAUAGUGAAUGCAGGGUCCGGGGAGAGCGGGAUAUAGUGAAUGCAGGGUCCUGGGAGAGCGGAUAUAGUGAAUGCAGGGUCCGGGGGACGGCUGAUAUAGUGAAUGCAAGGUCCGGGGAGACCAGAUAUAGUGAAUGCAGGGUCCGGGGAGACCAGAUAUAGUGAAUGCAGGGUCCGGGGAGAGCGGAUAUAGUGAAUGCAGGGUCCUGGGGAGAGCGGAUAUAGUGAAUACGGGUCUGGGGAAGCGGAUUAGUGAAUGCGGGUGUCUGGGGAGAGCGGAUAUAGUGAUUGCGGGGUCUGGGGAGA